AUGUGGCAGAAAUGGCACCUAGGGCAAGAGGAGAAGAUUAAUGGAGAAUGGAAGCGUAUUGGUCCACUCAAACGUUUGGAAGGAACAGAUCUAGUAUGUGCCAACAUGAAGAAGAACCUUUGCAAAGCAAAAGCAGUCAUGUUGGCCAUCGAGGUAAUGGGCAGAAGACUUGCAAAUUUGAGUACUGAUAUUGGGAUCGACCAUGAGAACUAUUCAGAGUGCUUCAAUCAUGGUUACGUUGAACUUGUCAAGGAGAAGUAUGGACCGAAUGCAUGGAAAAAACAGAGAAAAAGAUUCACCGAGCUUUCAUACACGACUAUGUACAAAAGGUUAUGUCGGAGCAACACAGGCCGAAAGAACAAGAGGAAGAGGAAUGCGGUUGCCAACCGUGACGAAGGUGUACGACGGGUAAGAAGAAUUGACGCUGCUCGAAGCCUGACCCAACAGACUCAUUCUCCACUUCAUUCAGACGUUGACAUGGAGAGCAGCGAUUGA